UUCUUCUUAAAAAACAUUGUGCCUGCAGCUCAGAACAACAUAGACACUAAAUUCAUCCUUUUGGACAAAGGGAAAACCAUAGUAGAAGGGCAUAACAAGAUGUGUUUGGCCUUUGUGGCUGAUGAAACUACAACAGUUCAUUUUCAGUUUUGGGGAGAUGAGUGUGAUGCGUUUGAUUCAGGUGACAUAAUUUGUCUUACCAAUGGCAUAUUUUCAUACCAGCACAGGAACCUUGUAUUGCGGGCAGGGAAGAGAGGGAAGCUAGUGAAGGUGGGGGAGUUUACUAUGGCCUAUGUUGAGACACCAAACAUGAGUGAGAUUCAUUGGAUUCUCAACCCAAACAAUUCUAAGAAAUAUGUCCAAUUAUAUGUAAUAUCUCAUGUGUCACGCGUUCUCCCUCCUCUUCCUUCUGAUAUGUAA